CACAGCAUCUCACACUUGCCACAUAACAGGCCAGCAUAUCUCAGCACAAUCAUGCGUCCAUUGUGUCUUACCUAUAUCCUUUUAGUCGCAGCAGCAGAAGCUGUGAAUCUGCAUCAGGAGCAGUUAACAGUGACCAAAUCCUCGGGAAAAUCCGGUGUUAUUGAAUGCAGAGCAACAGGCUUCAACACUGGUAACAUUCACUGGUAUCAGCAAAAAGACGGAGAAGCUCUGAAGUGGAUUCUGUUCAUGCAUAAAGGUGGUGGAAAAUCAACCAAGGAUCCUGAUUUUGAGGAUUACCAAGCAGAAAAGGCCGAAAAUUCUGACAUAUUCACACUGACAAUCCCUACCCUAAAGACAGAUCAUGUUGCCACUUACUACUGUGCUAGCUUUGAUAACCACAGUAACAACUGCAGUUCAUUCCCUGUGCAGAAAACCACCUUACAGUUAUCCGGUCCUGAUUUAACUUUUAGUUCUCUAGAUCUAAAUGAACAAAAAGAUGAUACGUUUUUGUCUAGGAUUUACUUGGAGUGUGAUUCUGGAUCUGGGACACAGGAGAUUUUGCAGUUUGGAUCCGGCUCAAAACUCAUCAUCACUGAUGAGAACCAGCUCAGGAAACCCAAAGUGACCGUGUAUCUGGCGUUCAAACCUGAGCCGAAUGGGAAGACCACCCUGCUAUGUCUGGCUAGAGACAUGUUUCCAGAUUUGGUCAAGAUCUCAUGGAAGAUGGAGGAUGAAAACGGCCGAACCGUGGAGGUGCCCAAAGCAGAGAUGGAACAGCUGGAGCAGAGGGAGGAAGGACAGACGACCAGUAUGAUCAUCAUGUAUCAGGGAAAGGCAGACGCCAAAUACAUCUGUUCGGUGGAGCAUGAAGCGGGCCCUGAAGAAGCUGACACAUCAAAAGGUUUUUCAUCAGAGCAAAAUGUUUGCUCUCCAUCUACCAAUGCGAUGGCACCACCCUACAUACCCAAUGCAACCUUCCAGUCCAUGUGCAGUCUGCGUCUGGCCUCUCUGGUUUACACAGUGAUGAUAUUGAAGAGCAUGGUGUACUGCUCUGGGCUCCCUCUCCUGCUGCACCACAGGAACAUGGGAAAUAGCCCCCCUACCUGAAGAAAAGCUCAUCUCUUCAUUAUGAAGAGUUCUGAAAGAGCUCUGGGAAAUAAGGAGGAAAUUUCGGUUCCCAUUUACGUCUUCCAAUUACUCACAGUGAGAAAAAAGUACUAUUACUGAUAUCUAUGAGACGUUUUCAAACUCGUUUGAAAACAUCUGUAAAAGUUACUGUUAUUUUAAAGGUAAAAAAAUAGUAAUGGGUUGCUUGUUUCGUCACAAUAUUUUUUAGAGCUUUCUCUUGAGGACUGGUGGUCGACUAAAAGUUCUACUCAAUGCAUUCUCAAUUGGCGCUGAUUAAUAUUUAGUCUAAAGUGCAUUAUAAUGACUGGGAAACUGAUAUUUCUCAAGUAGACAAAUAAUUAGUAGGAAAACCUUUUGUCAUCAUUGUGAUGUCGCCAGAUUCCCUUUAGCUGUAGUAUAACGUUAACUAGCUAUCUGAACGUGAGGGGAGAGCACCGACUGUUACCUAGCUAACAUUAGUAUUGCUAGAUUUUUUUUUACAAACUUUACUAGCUAAUGACAUUGCCAUCUGUCUGAAGUAAAUGUGAAGACAUAAUAAUGCUGACAAAAUUGUUUCCUACUUAAUAUUUUCCCUGUAUGGCAAUAUCAUCGUAUUUCCGAGACUCUACAGUUUAAUUUAGACCAAACAUGGAUGCUAAGAAUGACUGGGCACCGCUAGAGUUGUUGGCAUCAAUAUCAAUGAUAUACACCACCAUUGAAAAGUUUGGGGUCACUUAGAAAUAUCCUUGUUUUUGAAAGAAAAGCUU